CCAUGUGAUGCGGGCGGGUGACGUCCAAGGCGGUGGCCAACCUCGUACGCUGUGCCGAUGCAUCAUUCCUCAUUCACAACCAAUUCCACCAUCCUCUCCUUGACAAUCGUGGUGGAGAUUGGCGCCAGAUCAGCAGUUCACCCCUGAUUAUCCCACGCAGUGCUCGCAACCGGCAUCAUGAAGCUCCUCUACAUUGGUAUCAUCCGCAACGACUCGAAGCCGGCGCACGAGAUUGUCGCUGAGAAGGAGCUCAGCGCGUACUCGCGCUUCACGCGCAACAAUUAUGGCGAGUUCAUGUCACUCUUCUCCAAGACCGUUGCCGAGAGGACGAGGCCCGGCCAGCGUCAGGAUGUCGAAGAGCAGGACUACACAUUCCACGCCUAUGGUCGCAGCGAGGGCGUCUGCGGCAUCAUCAUCUCCGACCAGCAAUACCCCGCCCUCGUCGCCCAUCAGCUCCUCUCCAAGGUCGUCGACGAGUUCCUCACCAAGAACCCCCGCUCGGCCUGGGCCACGGGGACGCCCUCCAUCGCCAUGCCCGAGCUGCGCGAGUACCUCAGCAAGUACCAGGAUCCCCAGCAGGCCGACAGCAUCCUCAAAAUCCAGAAGGAGCUCGACGAGACCAAGAUUGUGCUGCACAAGACCAUUGAGAGCGUGCUGCAGCGUGGCGAGAAGAUUGACGACCUGGUCGCCAAGAGUGACGGACUGAGCUCGCAGAGCAAGAUGUUCUACCAGCAGGCCAAGAAGCAGAACUCAUGCUGCGUCUUGAUGUGAACGGCUGGCUGGGAGCGUUGGCGCGUUUGCCUGGGCGAUGUCUUUGGAACAUGAUUAAUUAGCAUAUACUGGGAUGCGCCACUCUUCACGCUGGAAAGACCAAGUCCCUGAGGGUGGUACAACCAUCAAUGAACAUAAUGAAGGCACACACGAUUCAUCACGGCAGGCAAGAUGUGGAGGUGACAUGUUUGUUUUUCGUUCCGUUAUUGAUUCAACACGAACGCC